UCUAUCUCCAUUUCAAAGACAUUCUUCAUCAUAAACUUGGAUCUCUACUUACGCAUAUUAUUAACCUUUAUCCCCGGAAAAACCGGAUCCUACAGUCAUGUCCCAGUGAGCAUCUCGCGCCCAUCAGCUGGAUUAAAAACAAAUCAAGAUAUUAACAGGUUGGAAAGAAAAAAGCAAAAACGAAAAUAAUCUUCCAAUUACCUCAAGACUUAACCCUUAUUGACAGGACAAUGGUCGAGGGAUGGUGCAACCGAUUGAUGCGUCUUGAGGUUAUCGCACUGGACUUGCUGCUGCUAGGAUAUGUCCAAACAACUCCACCAUGGACCCCACGAGCUGGACUACAAUCAGCGAGCCCUCCUUGUCUGUAUUUCGAGCCGCCAUUGGAUAUUGGCCAGUCAGAUGUAUUCCAGGAGCUCCAACUGCCACCUCUCAAUACUGAGCCAGUCAAUCCCCACAACAGAGGAUUCGCUCAAGAAUUCGCCGAUGAUUUCUUGACUAGUACUACUCAUCAACAACACUUACCCUCUGUCGAUCCAGAUGGACUCGACUUUCAUGAUUGGAUGGAAAGAUUGUUGUCUGAAAAUAAUCAAGAAGAAAGCUUGGGAAGGAUCGGGAGCACUGGACCAAUCACCGCCUCAAGCCCCCUCAUUGUCAGUAAUGAGCUCAAAGAUCAGCAUUCUAAUACUCGGGUCAAAAGACCUAGCUCUGCUCCACCGAGGAAACGACUCGGAGCCGAAGAAGAAGAAGACGAAGAGGAAGAAGAAGUUGAUCAUCAAUCGACCACUGAACCGACGCAAAAGAGCAGGAGAAUGGCCCAGCAGGAAGAACGAGGGAGACUGAUGGAUAGUAGAGUGACUACGCAAGCGGAUAUAGCUCGACGAGAGGAAGAUUGGAUCAUCAGCAUUGAACGGCGUGCGGCGCGUAAAUUAUUAAGCCAUCAGGACCCGGCAGAUGGGGUGAAGAACGCCGAGUUCAAGCGGCAGCUGUCGGAGAAAAUGGACGAGAUCCGGAGCCAUGCAAACACGUUUCUGAAGGAUGCACAGAGCGAGACGAUGGCGAGCUUGCCGAUCACCUUCACCCGGAGACAAGCGAUCUUCGGCCGGCAGGACUUCUUCAAGGUCUUGAUCAGACUCUGCAGUCCCGACAAAUCCUUGGUGCCCUUGCGCAAACACCUCGAGCCGCGAAUCCUCCGGCUUCUGAGGGCCAUGACGAUGUACCACAAUUGGCUCAACUUCAACAACGCUGAUCGAAAGAUCCUCGGCAAGCUCAAUGCGCAUAACCAACUAGUCGAUUGGUUUUGGACCCUCCUCUUCGAACGCUCCUAUCUGAGAUUCCCAUUGAUGGGCUGGGUCGCUAGCGAAUAUCCGCCCAAAGAUCCCCCCAAAUUCUUCCGCAGUCCGGUCCAAAAGUAUCUCAUCAAUCUGUUGGUCCGGAAGAAAAGACUGGACAUGAAAGACUGUUUCGAGGCGGCGAUCAAGUUGAUCUCAUAUUGGUACGAAGAUCUCUGCUCUACUAACCUGAAUUCUAGCAACAAUCUGGAGCCUCCCUUGUUCUUCCUCACUUCAGAAGAUUUCUCUCCUCGCGUCACUCCCAGACACUUUGAUCGUGAUUUCUACCUCAAUCUAGUUGCAGAAACUUUCGAAUUAAAACAGUAUGGCAGGAAACCAACUCAGUAAAAAAAAUAAUCUCAUGUUAUACAAACCCCUCAAUAUGAUGUUCAUUAUUAGACUCUAGAAAGUUGUCUUCUCAAUCUCAGACAAUAGCUACACGGUCCUUGAGUUGUUU